AUGCAGCAAAGGCAACAGGCAACAUCAGAUCAGCAGUCACUUCAGCAGCAGCAGCAGCAGAUGUCGCUUGCCCAGCAAGCUAAUGCUGUUACUGACAAACUGCAGCAGUUCCAGCUGCAACUGCAACAGCAGCAACAGCCAGCCACACAGCAACUGCAACACCUUCGGCAGAUUCAACAAUUGCAGCUUCAACAGCAGCACAAACAGCAAUUGCAGGCUACCAGUGAACAGCAACAGCAGCAAUUACAGCAGAUGCAGCAGAUCCAACAACUCCAAGAGCAGCAGCAGCGACAGCAGCAUGAGCAGUCGCAGGCACUUCAGCAACAGCAGCAAGCUCUGAGUGCUGCUGCUUCUGGCCACGCUGCUUCCAGUCUGUCUUCCGAUUCUGGAAUCGCAGAUGUUGCCCUUGGAAUGCCAUCGUCGGCUAGCUCAGCCAAUGUUCUGCAGCAAAUGGCAAAUAGCACAUCUCCACCAGCUGCGAACAACAUCUUAUCGAAUGCAUCUGCCGGUGCGCUAAAGUCCUCGCCAUCACCAGUUGGAUCUCUAGCUGGCCUACCUAGUACUAUGCAGCCUUCACCAAGCAUGAUGCCAUCUGAACUUGGUGGCUUUGAGAAGCUGCUGUCGGAUCCCAUGAUGACCAGUUCGCCAUCGCUGUCGGGUUAUAACAGUUUGCCGUCAAUGGUAAACCCUGUUGAUGAUGUCCUGGCCGAUCCAUGCUCUUCAUCUGGUGAUAAGCUGGAGCAUCUGAUCAACACUCUGUAACUCUGUCGUCUGUCUUGAGGAGAACACUAUGCCUGUCAAUAUAUCCUACAAGUGACCCACUAUAUACGCAUAAGAACUACGCUGACGUUUGCUCUGAAUUCACCGGGGCUUGUGUCUACGUGUGCCUAUGCAUGCAGUGCCGUGAAUACGAAACCAUACAUUUUCGCCACACUGGUGCUAACAUUGAGUGUCAUUCUAUUGUCCGGUUUUUUUUAUCCCCGUUUUCAGAUUCACCUUAGGUGGGCGAGUCUGCCCUCUUUAUGUUGUCUCCUUGCGUGCUAUUGACUAUCCUGUUUUGCUGUCUUUUUAACGCCUGAGUGAAACUGUUGCUUUAGUCAAGAACUCACACUUAAACCUUUUUUUGGGUUUUAAACUUCGCCCUUUUAAACAUGCACAUUUUUGUGUGAACCCUGCCUGUGUGGCCACGGCUUUAGAGGUUUUAUUUUCAACAUUGAUGCCCAACUGAUUUUUUCAUCUUGUCUCAUAUCUUCUCAACUGUACAUAGCUGCCAGUAGGUGGGUGUUAUUUGUGUCGUUUUGCCCUAUGAAAAUUACUUACUCGAUGACUAUGAUUUGAAUCUAUUUUCUGCUUAAAUUGUCUUGCUCUCGUCAUGUGUUCAGGCGGUGUAUUAUAUUGCCUGGCUGGUGUGCUGAUCGUGUGAUGCUAUGCUGUAUGUCUUGCUGGCCGGAUAUCCUCCAUCAUCCGCAUUGUCGCUGAAAUCUAUUGCACACCUGCACUGCCGUUGUGUGCGUGUGUACCUUCUAACAUCCCGUGGUAUGUAUGGAUUACUGCCUGAGUGCGAGCGAGUACAACGGUAAUACUGGCUAAUAAAAUGAUUGAACGGCA